CUACUGCUUCCAUUGGCAGAGCCCAACCUUUGCCCGAGGCAUUGGAACAACCACAACCUGCUACCAGGAUGUUCCUGGACUCCUGCCCUUUCCCUCCCCUCAUUUCCCUGUGUAUGAACCUGGGCCAAGACCGGCUGCAGAGUUUAGUGUGUGCACAAGAAGGCACCGACCACACUGUGUCAGGGGCGGUGGGAAGAGGCAGCAGUUCCCCAGCCGCUGGCAGAGCUGCGGGUACCGCGUUGUGCCCCUGGGAAUUCACCCCUGUAUCCCUCCCUGUGCCCCAAAACAUCUGCAGGGAGGCACAAGGGGAGAUGUCCCUCACUCCAACACGUGUGACACUGAAAGGAUGGAUGGGGGGAUCCUUUAAGGAGCCAGCAGGGGGUAACAUCUGCACCACCCGCGGGGUGAACUCCUGCAAGCAGUGCCUGGCCGUGAGCCCCCUCUGUGCCUGGUGCUCUGCCGAGGUCUUGGCACAAGGGUCCCCUCGCUGUGACCUGCGCACCAACCUCCUGGAGAACGGCUGCGGGCACGACUACAUCGAGUUCCCCACCAGCAGCGUCACCAUCCUGGAGGACAGACCCCUCAGCGACAAGGGCUCGGGGAGCUCCAUCACCACCCAGAUGAGCCCCCAGAGAAUACGGCUGAACCUGCGUCCAGAUGAUUCCCAGAUCUUUCGUGUCCAAGUGCGGCAAGUGGAAGACUACCCCGUGGACAUCUACUACCUGAUGGAUCUGUCCAACUCCAUGAAGGACGAUCUGAGGAACAUCCAGAACCUGGGCACAAAGCUGGCCAGUGAGAUGCGCAAGCUCACCAGCAACCUACGCAUCGGCUUUGGAGCCUUUGUGGACAAGCCCAUUUCCCCCUACAUGUAUAUCUCUCCUCCAGAAGCCAUCAUCAACCCUUGCUAUGAGAUCGGGGAAACCUGCCUGCCCAUGUUUGGGUACAAACACGUCCUGUCGCUCACGGACGAGGUGACCCGCUUCAACGAGGAGGUGCGGAAGCAGAGUGUCUCACGGAACCGCGACGCGCCCGAAGGUGGCUUCGAUGCCAUCAUCCAGGCCACCGUGUGUGAUGAGAAAAUCGGCUGGAGGAAUGAUGCUUCCCACCUCCUCGUCUUCACCACGGAUGCCAAGACCCACAUCGCGCUGGAUGGCAGGCUGGCUGGCAUCGUGCAGCCCAAUGAUGCCCAGUGCCACAUUGACGAGGACAAUUUCUACUCUGCCUCCACCACACUGGACUAUCCCUCUCUGGGCCUGAUGACUGAGAAACUCUCACAGAAGAACAUCAACUUGAUCUUUGCUGUGACAGAUACAGUUGUUGGCCUCUACCAGAACUACAGCGAGCUGAUCCCAGGCACAACUGUGGGCACCUUGUCCAGAGACUCCAGCAAUGUCCUGCAGCUCAUAGUGGACUCCUACGGGAAAAUCCGCUCCAAGGUGGAACUGGAGGUGCGUGAUCUCCCUGAAGAGCUGUCCCUGGCCUUCAAUGCCACCUGCCUCAACGACGAGGUCAUCCCUGGGCUCAAGUCUUGCAUGGGCCUCAAGAUUGGGGACACGGUGAGCUUCAGCAUCGAGGCCAAGGUACGGGGAUGCCCCCAGGAGCGGGAGAAAUCCUUCACCAUCAAACCCGUGGGCUUCAAGGACAGCCUGACAGUGGUGGUGAACUUCGACUGCGACUGCUCCUGCGAGAGCCAAGCGGAGGCCAACAGCACAUCCUGCAGCCGAGGCAACGGCACGCUGGAGUGCGGCGUGUGCCGCUGCAACGCCGGGCGCCUCGGCUCGCACUGCGAGUGCUCGGAGGAGGAGUACAACCCCUCGCAGCAGGACAACUGCAGCCCCCGGGCGGGCCAGCCCCUCUGCAGCCAGCGCGGAGAGUGCAUCUGCGGGCAGUGCGUGUGCCACAGCAGCGACUUCGGGAAGGUGACGGGCAAGUACUGCGAGUGCGACGACUUCUCCUGCGUGCGCUUCAAGGGGCAGAUGUGCUCAGGCCAUGGGCAGUGCAGCUGCGGGGACUGUCUGUGUGACUCGGACUGGACCGGUGACUACUGCAACUGCACCACGCGCACCGACACGUGCAUGUCCAGCACCGGGCUGGUGUGCAGCGGCCACGGCUCCUGCAUCUGCGGCAAGUGCGACUGCACCCAGCCCGGCUCCUACGGAGACACCUGCGAGAAGUGCCCCACGUGCCCGGACGCCUGCACCAUCAAAAAGGAGUGCGUGGAGUGCAAGAAGUUUGAGCGGGGGACACUGGUGGAGCAGCAAUCCUGCAGCCGCAUGUGCCGCGAUGAGAUUGAGACCGUGCAGGAACUGAGUGACAGGGGCAAGGACGCCGUGAACUGCACCUACAAGGAUGAGAAUGACUGUGUGGUGCGGUUCCAGUACUACGAGGACUCCAGCGGCAAGUCCAUCCUCUAUGUUAUCGAGGAGCCCGACUGCCCGAAGGGGCCGGACGUCCUGGUGGUCCUGCUCUCGGUGACAGGCGCCAUCCUGCUCAUCGGCCUCGCUGCUCUGCUCAUCUGGAAGCUCCUCAUCACCAUCCACGACCGCCGGGAGUUCGCCCGUUUUGAGGAGGAGAAAGCCAGGGCCAAGUGGGACACGGGCCACAACCCUUUAUAUAAAGAGGCUACAUCUACCUUCACCAACAUCACGUACCGUGGGAACUAAGGAUGCCGCAUCCAGCGCUGCCGUGGGAUCAGCCGAGGAUCUGUGUGAUCUGUUGGAGUCCAGUUUACAGAAGAGCUUGAGCGUGUUUCUGUGUGUGUGUGAGUGCGUCUGUGUGUAAUUUAACAACCCCUCGACUGCCUCCCGAGCCCUGUAACUGCAGGGACGUGCUUUCCACGGCAAACCUCUUGUCCUUACCUCGGCGGGUAGCCCCGCGGGAGCCGGCGGCCGCUCCAUACACUGAACACGGAGAAACGGGACUUUCCCUGCCUGGCCGGUUUGUGAACCCUUUGGUGCUCAUUGGGCCAAGUGGAUUUCAAGAGCAGAUGCUCAAACCAAGUGCUGAGCUGCGAUCUCCUCCUUGGCCCGUGCUGGUGAAGCUCUGCCUGCUCCAAGCAUCCCUUUGUGUACCGGACCGAUGUGGACCCCCCUGGGCACAGGAGCCAUCUCCAGGGGGUCAGGGCAGCUCCACUCACUGCCUGCAGGCGGGAGCCAUCACCUGGCUUUGUGGGUUGAGGACGCUGCUCGAGCAACCCAGCAGCCAUGUGUUUCUGGCACUGAUCCGGCUCAGGAUGGUAUAAAGCAGUGCCCCAGCAUCACGGUGCCUUCCUUCCAGGUUCUACCACUGGCCAACUCUACGUAGCAUCAGCUCUGCUGGUCCCAGCUGCAGCCCCUGGGAUGGUGCUGAGCUCCCCAUGUCCCCCUCCACUGCCUCCGUGCCACAAAGCACAGGGAUGCACAGGCAGCAGCCUCAGGAAGGUCGUGAUGCCCGUUAUCCCCUGAGCCUGGCCACCUUUCUUCCUUGUCUCUGCUUUUUGGGCUGUGUAACUGCACCACGCUUGGUUUUCUGCAUAGCUCAGGGUUCCAGGAGAGCAGGAAGCGUUCAGGCCGUGUCCUGCUGCCUGGAGCUGUGUGUCACCCGUGGUUUGUCCUGUGGGGAAAAACAAAGCAAUGUCCUGGUAGUAGAGUUUGCUGUAAUAGUAGUGCUGCCCUGCCCCUGCCCCAGGCAGAGCACAAGUGGUGCUAUGGGUAGGUCUGGUCCCCUCGAUUGCACCAAAAAGCAUCAGCGACCUUGUGCCUGGUGUGGGGCUGGCCCCGAGGGCCCCAGCAGCGCGGUGGCUGUGUCCCUGCUGCUCCCUGGCUGGUCUGUCCCCAGGCCCAGCAGUGUGGGAGCAGAGGCAGGGGUUGGAUGGGCAGCACUAGAACAGCAGCGAUUCACACCAUGGAAAUAACUAUCAAUACAAUAAAAGAUGUCAAACACAGCA